UCUCACCCACCAUCAUACACUCCAGCAUCCAGCUUCCCCCCCCCACUGCAAACAGCCCCACCUUCCAAAACUAAAACCCACCACAACCCACCUCCCAAACAGCAGACAUGCAGUUCGCCCUAGCCAUCGCCGUUUGUCUGAGCUUCAUCUACAGCUCAAUCGCUAGCCCGGUGAUUAUUGACAAGGGCAAAUACCGAAUCGACACCAAUCAGCCAUACCACGCCACCGGAUUCAGACCGCCAAACCAAGGCCCGUACCCGAACGUGGACUGGAAUCAGGGAUACCCCUACCCCUCAAACUUCGGCUUCCCGUCCAGUUACAGUUAUGCCGAUUUCGAUGCCUGGUAUCGCCAACAACAAUACAUGAACAGUGGACCAGGGUACAUCAACGGGGGUUCCUCUACAGACCAGGGAUACAACUUCGACUCCGGAUCCGGAACCUACUUCGCCAAGGAGGCUAAACCGGAGCACAAAGGAAAGGCCGAUGCUCAAUAGGCACUUCUAUUUGAUAUGUCCAUCAUCCUGGAUUAUGUUCUCUUAGGGCUCCGACUCCACGCCUUCUCUGUCCAGCAUGAUCUCUCUCUCUCUUCUCUCCUGAUGCUGCCCACGACACCUAAAUUGAAUACGUUCUUCAUGAUUUGUUUAUAAACUCGUAUCGGACACGACCCCUUAGUGAUUUCCCCUGAAUACUUAGACGCUUCCUACUCUUAGUUCUCGACCAGAUGUUCCGAAGUGUUUAUUUU